CGGCGGCGGCGGCGGGGGGCGGCGGCCGCGCCCCCGGCGCGGAGACAAAGCCGGGGCCGAGCGCUGGAGGCGAGCGGAGGGGUCGGCCCCGCUGCGCGCACAGGCGGGAGGCUGCAGCGGGAGCUGAGCUGACUUUGCCGGCGGCCCCUCCCCACCCCGCGGCGAGGCUGUAGCCGGGAAGCGCUGCCUGGGACCAUGGGGAGCAGCAAGAGCAAGCCCAAAGACCCCAGCCAGCGCCGGCGCAGCCUGGAGCCCACCGACAACACCCACCAUGGGGGCUACCCAGCUUCACAGACCCCCAGCAAGGCGGCUGCUCCCGAUGCCCAUCGCACCCCCAGCCGCUCCUUCGGGACCAUGGCUGCCGAGUCCAAGCUCUUUGGAGGUUUCAACACCUCCGACACGGUCACGUCGCCGCAGCGUGCCGGGGCGCUGGCGGGUGGAGUCACCACCUUCGUGGCCCUCUACGACUACGAGUCCCGGACCGAAACGGAUUUGUCCUUCAAGAAGGGAGAGCGCCUGCAGAUCGUCAACAACACGAGAAAAGUGGAUGUCAGGGAAGGUGACUGGUGGCUGGCUCAUUCCCUCACUACAGGACAGACGGGCUACAUCCCCAGUAACUAUGUCGCGCCCUCAGACUCCAUCCAGGCUGAAGAGUGGUACUUUGGGAAGAUCACGCGCCGCGAGUCCGAGCGGCUGCUGCUGAACCCCGAAAACCCCCGAGGGACCUUCCUGGUGCGGGAGAGCGAGACCACGAAAGGUGCCUAUUGCCUCUCUGUCUCCGACUUCGACAACGCCAAGGGGCUCAAUGUGAAGCACUACAAGAUCCGCAAGCUGGACAGUGGUGGCUUCUACAUCACCUCCCGCACCCAGUUCAACAGCCUGCAGCAGCUCGUGGCCUAUUACUCCAAACACGCCGACGGCUUGUGCCAUCGUCUCACCAAUGUCUGCCCCACUUCCAAGCCCCAGACCCAAGGCCUCGCCAAGGAUGCCUGGGAAAUCCCCCGGGAAUCGCUGCGGCUGGAGGUCAAGCUGGGACAGGGCUGCUUUGGAGAGGUGUGGAUGGGGACCUGGAAUGGCACCACCCGGGUGGCGAUCAAGACUCUGAAGCCCGGCACCAUGUCCCCGGAGGCCUUCCUGCAGGAAGCCCAGGUCAUGAAGAAGCUCCGGCAUGAGAAGCUGGUUCAGCUCUACGCCGUGGUUUCAGAGGAGCCCAUUUACAUUGUCACUGAGUACAUGAGCAAGGGGAGCCUCCUGGACUUCCUGAAGGGUGAGAUGGGCAAGUACCUGCGGCUGCCCCAGCUCGUGGAUAUGGCAGCUCAGAUCGCAUCCGGCAUGGCCUACGUGGAGAGGAUGAACUAUGUCCACCGGGACCUGCGGGCAGCCAACAUCCUCGUGGGGGAGAACCUGGUGUGCAAAGUGGCCGACUUCGGCUUGGCCCGGCUCAUCGAGGACAACGAGUACACUGCUCGGCAAGGUGCCAAGUUCCCCAUCAAGUGGACAGCCCCCGAAGCUGCUCUGUAUGGCAGGUUUACCAUCAAGUCAGAUGUCUGGUCCUUUGGCAUCCUCUUGACUGAGCUGACGACCAAGGGCAGAGUGCCAUACCCAGGGAUGGUGAACCGGGAGGUGCUGGACCAGGUAGAGCGGGGGUACCGCAUGCCCUGCCCGCCCGAGUGCCCCGAGUCCCUGCAUGACCUCAUGUGCCAGUGCUGGCGGAAGGACCCGGAGGAGCGACCCACCUUCGAGUACCUGCAGGCUUUCCUGGAGGACUACUUCACCUCGACAGAGCCCCAGUACCAGCCUGGCGAGAACCUAUAGACCCGGGGCUCCUCCUGGCACCAGGGACGCUGCCAUCCUCGCUAUGGGGUGCCGGGGGCUGGAUUUUUGUGGAGCAGCCCUGAGGCGGGAUGGGGCAUCGUGUCCGGAUGCGGCCAGGAGAGGUUCUGGGUGUCCCCAUCGCUCAUUAAGACUUCUGGCCCGUGUUUAACGAAGCGGUGCCGUCCCGCUGGCAAGAGGAGCCUGUGGGUGCCGGCAGAGCCGGCUCGGAGGGCGAGCGGAGCAUCUCUUGAUGAGAAACUUGGCUUCUGGGAGACCUUGUCCCUCCCCAGCAGCUCUGGGGUGAGCCUGGGGGAACUGUGGGACAGCAUCACCCCACCUCGGACACAUGGCCCCGAUCUCCUGCACUCCCUUUUUAAAUCAGCACAAAUCUCCCUGCCCUUCACCCAUCCCAGCACCCCCGUCCUUGGCUCUGGUUCUCCUGGGAGCGCUGGCAGGGGCGUUUCACCAUGGGGAAGGCACAACCUUGUUUGGAUGGGGUGAUGCACUGGUGUGGGUGGCAGCAGAACACUGAUGACCCCUGUUCCUCGGGCAUCUCUCUGGCACUGGGAGUACGACAUGUGGCUGCUCAUGGCGCCGGUGACCAGAACCAUCCCACGGGAGCACCCGGGUGCACGUUCACAUCUUCCAGCUGCAUCUGUUCCCCCAAGGGACCUGUCUGUUUCACAUGGGAGCAGCACUGGGGGUUGCCAGCAGAGCCCUCGCCCAGCCCUGUCACCCUGGCGGCACUUUAUCCCACUGAGCAUUCCUGGUCUUCCAGCCGCCCCUGGGAAGUUCACCACAGCCCCCCCCCCCGCCGCCCUCCCCAGCUCUGCCACCAGCAGCAUCCUCUGGGCUGGCCCUGCCACCAAAGCCGGUGCCACCACAGGCUGGGUGCGUGGCACGUGUGGCUCUUCAGGGUGUGUGAGUGUUUUGGGGAAAUACUCAUCUUUCACAGAUGCUUUUGUCCACCCCGUAUGUUUUUAGCUGCCUUCCCUCUACCCCUCACAUCUCAACCACCGGGCUGCAGUCCCCAUGCAGUGGGAGCAUCCGCAGCCAUGGGCUGCCAUCCUGGAGGAGAGUCCUGGGGAACGCUGUGCUGCGCCAUUUGCAUCCUCUUCUCCCCCCUGCUUGUUCCCAAGGGCCUCAGCCCUGUUUCGGUGGUGGGUGGCUCGCCAGGCUCAGUUUUGCCCCCCCCCCCAUCCCAUGGGGCUGAACCCCAGUGGGGUGCCACCAGCCCCUGCGCUCUUCUGUCCAGCACCUGCUUGUACAUAGCCCCCAAGCGGUCCCUGCACCCUCCCAGACAUUGACUUCGUUGCAUGUGUUGCUUCUUCCCCUCUCCUGUGGCUGCUCCCAGCUGGAAACCCUUUGCCAUGGUGGCUCACGAGGCUUUGCUCCAUCACCUCUUGGGUCCUGGGCCUCCUGGCUCAGAAACAAGCUGGGGGCUGUUUGGAUGCUCUCCUGCACCAGGGGUGGGAUGGGGACUGGGCGAGGUGAUAGCACACACCGGUGUGAAGGACCCAGGAAGGGAAGCCAGCAGCUUUACCUACCUCUUGGUCCUUGGGCUUUCUUUGCCACCCCAUUACUUGUGGGAUGGGGUUUCCCCCCCAGCACAGCCUCCUUGCAGGCAGCAAAUCCCAAACCAUCUUUCUCCAGCCCUUGCUGCAGUGCCAGUGUCCCAUGAAAGCCAGGUGGAAGCUGAGCAUGAGCAUGGGAGUGACCAAAACCACCUCCCAAACUCGCACCAGAGCAGGGCCCAGGCACGCCACUGCUCCCACAGCUCGCCGGCCGCUUAUUUAUGAACCAAGUGCUCGUUGGGUUGGUUGGUGGCUCCUUUUUAAUGAGUAAAACCCUCAAAAUCGGCUUGAACAGACUGCAGCAGGAUGGAGAGAUCCUGCUGGCUUGGAGAACAGUGACUGGUUUAAUGGAUUGUUGGUUUUUAAUCAUCUGGGGACUUAGAGCCUUUUCUCCCCACGCUUCCUCACAGAUUUGCUGUGCCUGCGUUUGGGCAGGGACCCUCCAAGAUGUUCUGGGUCUUCCCAUGUUUGCAUCCCUGAGACAGGCGGCUGCUGCAUCCCCAUCAGCGCUGCCAGAGAAGCCCCGUCCCAAGGGGUGGCUGUGCCAUAGCUCUGCCUGAGCGACACAAAAUCCCCAGCACCGGGAGAAACCCCUUAAAACCAACGUGCGGAAGCCAGAUUUGACCCAAAAGCUGGGGGGAGAGAAGGCAAACGCACAUGUUCAGUUUGGCCUUUGGUUGUCUGCAGCACGUACGGGGUCUUGCACACACGCAGCAGGAUGGGAGCAGGCUGAACCCGGUGGUUUCGUUCUCUGGCUCUUCCCAGCAAGCGGCAGAGCAGGAGCGCAGCCGUGGCGCAAGGAGCACCCUGGGCUGGUUUGAUUCCCCAUGGCUUUUGGCAAGCUCUGACGAAGGAGAUGUGCUGGGGCUGAAGACAGCAGAGUGACCCUGGAGGAGCCCUGCGGUGCGAGGCUGGGGCUGUGUGUCUGCCUGUCCGUGUGCCCAUCCAUGCUUCUGUGGGACCCAGCGUCUCCGGACUCGCCGCUGCAGCCAGCAAGACCCAGAGGCUCCAGGGACGGAGCUCCAUCACCGUUGUUUGCCACUUCUUUUUUUAAGCCAAUGAACUCCAGAGGGGAGCCCCAAAGUGAGGAUGCUCUUUGUCUUCCUGGGGUCAGUAAUGUCCUACAAGUUACCCUCCUCUGCCGACAGCAAUUUUUUAAGCAGUGUUUUGUAAGAUCUCCAACCGACUAUGCAGAGAACAUGUGGGUCUGUGUCUCUCUCCCCAGCUCCCCUCUCCCCCCCCCCCUUUUUUUGGUGUCUACGUAAAAUAUUUAGCUUUUUUUUUUUUUUUUUUUUUGGAUAAUAAUAAAAUUUUGGAAAAAAUCCCCUAUAAAAAGGCCCAGCUUUGUGGGUGGUGGUGGGUGGAGAUGCUCUGAAACCCAAAAGUUGAUGUAAAUACUUUGCAGUUUGAUAAUUAAAUACAAACAGACCUCACGCACACAGCAAGAAA